AUCAAAAAAUUCGUACGGUAGUUUCAGAUUUCACUUUUUUAAUUGAUUGAAUUUACUUUAGUUCUACAAAGUGCAAGGUGAUAGAUAAAUUAGCCCUGAAUAUUACUAACUAAAUAUUUUGAUUACGAAAAUAAUAGAAUCGCUAAUGCACGAUAUUUAGUAAGUAAUAGGUGUGAAUACAGCGACUAAGUUCUUUUUUACUUCGAGCAAAUGAGUGUCGCGUCUGUAGACUAAGUAUUAUCUCUAGUGAUAUUCUUUGUUCUGAUUGACGUUCCAUUCCAAGAUGGCAGACAUGCCGCUUGAGCCAUGAUAGUAUGGAAUCGUAGGAUUACGAUUUUUAGGUGUGUCUUUCUAAAUAUCGAACUAGAAUGUCUCCCGAAUUCUUGACUAAUGUCUUAUACGAAUGUUCUGACGAUGUGAAACAACUUGCUCGCGUUAAGUGCGCUAGUUUUAGGUAACGUUUGUGCCGGGACAUAUGUAAUAAAACGGUGAUCGAAAUUGUGUUUUUCGGUGUGUCGUGUACGAUAAGUAUUCUGGUUUGAUGUUAAAUUAAAAUGUGGAAUAUGAUGUGCGACGUGAUGCCCACUAUAUCGGAGGACAGUAUCAGUCAAAGGAGUUCGCAGUUAUCCGGUGAGGAUGCGAAUUUUGAGCAGUUGAUGGUGUCUAUGCUCGAUGAGCGAGAUAAGCUGGUGGAAAGCCUGCGGGAGACGCAGGAGCGACUGGGAGACUCGGAACUGCGGCUCAAGGAGGUGGAGAAAGAACGAGACUCGCUGCAUAGACAGAUCGCCGCCAAUUUGCCUCAGGAAUUCGCGACUCUUACAAAAGAGCUCAACCAAGCACGAGAACAGCUCCUCGAGAGGGAAGAGGAGAUAUCAGAGCUCAAAGCGGAGAGAAACAAUACCAGGUUAUUACUAGAGCACCUAGAAUGCCUGGUCUCGAGACACGAGCGCUCGCUACGCAUGACAGUAGUGAAGCGACAAGCAGCCGCGCAGUCCGGAGUCUCCUCCGAAGUAGAAGUACUGAAGGCACUCAAAAGCCUCUUCGAACAUCACAAGGCGUUAGACGAAAAGGUUCGGGAACGGUUGCGUGUUGCGUUAGAACGAAACACGGCGCUAGAAGAAGAACUAGCGCUCACUAAGGAAGAAUUGCAGCAAUACAAGUCGUCACAAGACGACAAGCCGAAGGAGAACGGCACCGUCCCCACCGGCUCGCCCGAGCAGAACGGGGAACAGCAGACCACCAAGGAUCCAAAUAAUGUAAACGGCGAAUCGGAGACAACAAGGAAAAUCAGUGAACUCCAAAAUACGAUCGCCAAGCAGUCAGCAGAGCUUAGCUCGUGGCAGCGGCGGGUGGCGGAGCUCAACAACAAGGUGUCGGAGCUGGAGGACCGGCUCUCCAAGGGAGAGAAGGAGCUUGCCAAGAAGCAGGAAGAGUGCGUCAAGCUGCAGAGGGACCUGAGGGAAAACGUCGCGCAGAAAGAAGAUCAGGAGGAACGCAUCACGACGUUGGAGAAGCGUUACCUGAAUGCGCAGCGUGAGUCCACGUCACUACACGACCUUAACGAGAAGCUGGAGCAGGAACUCAAUCACAAGCAGGCGCAACUCAAGCUGCAAGAGGAGAAGAUUGCAGCCAUUGAGGAGAAGCUGGAGUUGUCCACGCAGAAGCUUGCUCAGAUGUCUUCCUUGCCUGAGAUGGAGGAACAGCUCAAGGCCAGAAUGGAAGCCCUCAGUCAGGCGCAGGAGCGGCACGGGUCGGCCGAGGACCGCAUCCAGCGCCUCGAGGCCAGCGUCGAGGAGAAGAACGCGGAGCUCAUGCGACUCAACCAGCGCCUGCGCAUGAACGAGGAACAUAACACCAGGCUCUCUGCCACCGUCGAUAAACUGCUGUCCGAGUCUAAUGAUAGGCUACAAGUUCACCUAAAAGAGCGCAUGCACGCGUUAGACGAGAAGAACGCGCUGACGCAGGAACUGGAGAAGACGCGCAAAUAUGCGGACGAACUGCUCGCAGAGAAACAGGAGAUACUCAAGGAGCUCGCCAAGUGGCGCAUGGAGACUGAACAGCUGAAGCGUCAGAUGCUGGAGCAGGAGAUAGCGUUCAACAUCCAGCAGACGGACGCGCUCACUCGCUCCCUGUCCCCCGCCGCCCAGCCGCAGCCCCCGCCCGGACUGUUCCAACCCAAGCUGGACGGGUCGUGGGAGAAGCUGCAGCAGGCGCACGUGCUGGGCGCGGGGCCGCCGCCCUUCGACGUGUCCAGCGACGCAGAGAACGACGAAUCAGACGGUGGAGUGGAAGGUGGCCACACAGACGCGGCAGCUCUAGCCCUCAUGCUGCAGGAACAGCUGGACGCCAUCAACACGGAGAUACGACUCAUUCAGGAAGAGAAGCAGACCACUGAGGCACGCGCAGAGGAACUUGAGUCCAGGGAUGUAUAUAAGCGGGUGUGGUGUGGGCAGGUGGGCAGCUACGAGCACAUGAACGUGCUCGCCCGCCGCGGCGAGUCCCCGCCGCGCGCGCCCUCGCCCUCGCGCCACCACCACAAGUACCACACCUUGCAGCUAUGUGAGGAAGGUGCAGGUGGCGUAGGCCCCGUGGGUCCAGUGGGGCCGCCACACGGCGAGGGGGCGGAGUCCCCGCUGACGGCGCGCUCGCUUCGUCUCGAGCGAGCUGCCAGAGCUAUACAUGCUGAGCGAGACCGACUGCGCACGCACUACCAACCACCUUAUGAUGCGACAUCGAUUAUGUCGGGCAGCCUCGCACGGAUCCCAAUGCACAGCAACAUUUCAUCGAGCUCUAGUCAAGAGUCUCUGGGUGGCAUGGCAUCGUCUCUGGGCGGUGGUAUGGCCAGUACUUGGGGCGGCCCGGCCGGCAGCUCCAGGGCCGGGGCAGCCUCCGCCGCAUCCAUCGCGUCCAUGCACCAGCAGAAGAAGCGAGGCAUCAAGAGCUCACUGGGCAGGUUCUUCAGCAAAAAGGAAAAGGCUGGGAUGCCGCUGCAACAAGGUCAGAGUCCCCGGUCGCUAUCCUCGGUGUCGUCCCUGGGUCUGUCGUCCCUGGCGGACGACCCGUCCAGCAGUGACGCGAUGACUCCGCACGCUCCCAUGCCACACGCGCCCAUGUCACACCAGGACUACGCCAGGACUAAGAGCAAAGACCGCGACUACCGGCACGAGUUGCUGGGCGAGGCCAUGCGCGCGGGCACGCCGUUCGCGCUGUGGAACGGGCCCACCGUCGUGGCCUGGCUCGAGCUGUGGGUGGGCAUGCCGGCCUGGUACGUGGCCGCCUGCAGGGCCAACGUCAAGUCCGGCGCCAUCAUGUCCGCGCUGUCCGACCAGGAGAUACAGAGGGAGAUCGGUAUCAGCAACCCACUCCACCGCCUGAAGCUCCGCCUGGCGAUCCAGGAGAUGGUGUCCCUGACGUCACCGUCCGCGCCGCGCGGCACUGCCUGCGCCGCGCUCGCCUUCGGGGACAUGAACCACGAGUGGAUCGGAAACGUAUGGCUACCCUCUUUAGGUUUACCUCAAUACAGAACUACGUUUAUGGAGUGUUUGGUUGACGCGAGGAUGUUGGAACACCUGACCAAGAGAGACCUUAGGACGCAACUUAAAAUGGUUGACAGUUUUCAUAGAACAUCUCUGCACUUCGGCGUGGCGUGUCUGAAGCGAGUCGGGUACAGCGUGCGAGCGCUGGAGGAGAGACGGCGCGCGGCCGAGAUGGGGACCAGGGACGUACUCGUGUGGACCAACGAGAGGCUGCAGCGCUGGCUCGUCUCCAUCAACCUCAAGGAGUACGCCAACAACCUGUCGGAGAGCGGCGUGCACGGCGCGCUCAUCGCGCUGGACGACAACUUCGACGCCAACAGCAUGGCGCUGGCGCUGCAGAUACCCACGCAGAACACGCAGGCGCGGCAGGUGCUGGAGCUGGAGUUCGGCAGCCUGCUGGCGGCCGGCACGGAGCGCGCCGCGCGACACGACGCCGCGCCCUCCUGACACCACGCGCUCAACUAGGCCACGUGGUUCCCUGUGUAGUGGGCCGGUAGUGUCGCGGUCCGCUGUAGUCAUACAUAACUUUAUAUUUAUUUGGUACAAAUGUUAGUCGCGGAGUACACGGCGUAUGGCGGCAUUUUAUAGUAACCACGCUUCAGUGUACAUACUUCAAUACUCGGCUCGCUUCUCUUUAUACUCUGUCUACCGAACUACUAUAAAAUGCUAUCAUAGAGUAACAAUAAUAUUCUCCGUAACUGUAUAUUGUAGGUAAGUAAGGCUUCACUAUAACUACAAAGUGCUCUGAAUCUGUAGACUUAUGUACUUAACUUGUAAUCUGAUAUUUAUUGUGACUCGGACACAACAAAUGUAUGUUACUGCGCCGCGGGCGCCGCGCUCCCUCGCGUCUCUAAUGUAAGUAUUAUCGCCUUAAAGUAUUCACUUAGAUGUACAGUAUACUUGUUAUGACGCAAUAUUGGCUGUUCUUUGAGCCAGCAUCCAUAUGAUAAUAAAUUGCUUUAUAUUCAUAUAGAUGUGGUCUCGACCCCCUAUACAAACAGAUAGCCUUAUAUCGCAAUAGUUUAUAGUGUCAGUCUCCCCGACUAUAGCCAGUUAUAUGUGCGCGGGUAUAGUCGAGGAGCCUGGGUGUUUGCCAUUUUAUACAAUCGUAGAGGGAGCUCGGUGCGCGUGAGUGGACAUUGUCAUACUCUGAUGCCAAAUAUUAGUUAUAUUGUAACUAAUAUAUACAUUUGUAUUCUGUCGACGCCGCAGUCUGCAAUGUAUUGCGUUCUACUUACAUUCUAUUUUAAUUAAAUUGACUAAAACUUUAUAUGUUGAAUUUUAAAAGUACAAUUUCAAAAUGUUUUGAAUUGAUUUUAUUUUUAUAGACAAUUUUUAUGUAUUGUUGAGUUGUAUGUGUAUUGUAAUAAGGUUGAAAAUAUAGUUGCAGGCUGUUCGGUCGGCUGUACUCUUAAAGUGAGUGUUGUGAGAGAUUACACUGUAGCCGGCAGGGGGCGACACUGUCGCGUCUGUGUUGUGUGAUACUGGACUGAUACUGUACCAUAUACUCGACAACUUUGCUGUUUUUUAAACCUAAUUUAUUAUUUUGUGUAUUUUAAUAAUUUUUUUAAUGAAUUUUUAUUAUGUAAGGUCAGUCUUGGCGUCUCCAAUUAGUCAUGUUUUAUAGUAUAAGUAAGUAGUCCAGUAUAUGGCGCAGUGUCGCUGCGUGGGACGUGUGUACCAAGUGCCUCGGCGAGGUGUGUAUAUACAUAGCUUUAUGUAGUGGUACUGGUACUGGUACGAUACUAGUCUAUGUACAGUGUUGUUACAUUGUUUUGUAAUCUUGUAUUCUAUUAACGCUACUAGAACAGCUCCGACUUAGCUAGGUAUAUUUUGUUAAGCGUUUUACAACAAACACUUCAAUAGGUAAUCAAAUAAACUAUCGAUUGUAUAGCUAAAGCGAUUUUAAUUUGAAAUGUGAAUCUAUAACGAGUAGCAAAUAUAUUGUAAAUAUUAUCAUUUGUAUCGACUGUAGGUGUAAUAGCAAUAUUUAGCUAAGAUGUGUUCAAAACUGAAAGGAUUUUUAUUGUAUUAUUACUUUGUAAUGAUAACCGCUUAUUUAUUAACUAGAUUUUAUUAUUUAUUAAGUUAUUAUAGGAAAUGUAUGAAAUAUACCGGUUUAUUAUAAUUACCUCAGUAAUGUCGUCGUGGGUGCGCCGGCGCAGGCCUCAGCUAUAGUUAUCGAGUAACAGUAUUAAUAAAGUUAGGUGAGAGACGGCCGCGGCGCCACCGGUGUGUGAUUUUUUAUAAAAUUAAUUAAUUUUUAAUCGUAGAUAAAAUUUGGAUAUUCUCGAAGUAAGGUUGCGCCGCGCGUCGCAUGUUGUGAGCUAAUGUUUACGUAUACCUACAUAAUAAUAUCUCGCGCCUGUCUUACCCCGCAUUGCUCAUAUUAUAUUCCUUACUUGAGUUAGCUGACAAUAUGCGACGCGGCGCAUUUUCAAAAUUUUUCAUAAAUAAAUUGGGAAGUGAGGUAUGUAUCUACUUUGUAUCGCGGCUUGUGAACGUGACGACGCGGGCGCGGGCGUAGGCCGGGGAACUGUACUCGACGCUAUAUCACUUGGCAUAUGAUAUCUAGGUAAAUGUUAUCGUUGUAAAACACCUCGUUGUUUUCUCUAUAGAUAGGUAAAUAUCGGAAGCACUUGAGUGUCGUUUUGACUUUCAAUGUGCAAAUUGUUAUGAUUACUAAAAUUAUACAAUUGUUGAGUCCCCGGUCGUCGAGUCACUCACUGCUGCAUACUGCGGCGCCAUCUGUCGGGUACGGAGACAGACCGACCACCCGGCCUUCACGGGUCGGUCUGUGUAUCAAACGUUGUAGUGUAAUUGAGUGACUUGGUUCAGAUGAAAUAAUGUAUGGAACACUAUUAGUGACGCGAGGAGACGGCUCCGUGUCGUGGUCGUGUCGUCGGCCGUUGUGACGUCUCGUCAAUAAAGCGCGACUUAAUAUCAUACGUACACAUCAUCGUUUCAUUAUCAAUAUAUAAAUAAAUUAUAUAUAUUAGCUACAUAAAGUUUGUAUACAAUGCAAGUGGAGAUGGUUAUUUAGUUAACUGUUAGUGUACUUAUAGCUUUUCGACGUAGCUAAUCAAGUUUUGUAUAAAGUCGUUUGAAUGACGUAGUAUAGCCGAAGUGUCAUGGCCGCCGUGCGGUCCCUUUGUAUUCUACACGUUUUAUAUGUUCCCCUCUGUUAGCCUGUUAGUAGACGCUAUCGUCCGGUUCCGAAUACACCGCCGGGCUUGUUACACUGCAUCAGUCGUUGCGUGCGGUGUGCCAUGCCCGGCCGGUAGAGCAGCAACGAGAGUAACCUCCACAAGUGCCAAGUAACCGCCAGUUUGGAACGGACGCGACCGAACAAUAACUAGAAUAAUUUCUCACAUUCCAACAACUCCGAUGACGCACUGUCGCCUGUCGGACCGAAACGAACAAAAAUAUUUCCAAUCGAAGUCCCAGUGGCUCGCGCUACCAAAGAAUAAAGUUACCUUCACGUUAAGGAGUAUUGUAACAUAUGUUUAUUAGUGAAACAAUUGGAUAUGUAUAUAAUUUGGCCUGUGUGUGCAUAGCUUGUAUAGUGAGGGCGCGCGAGUGGGUGCGUCGUCACCGUUCGCGUUACAUUCCAAGGCUUUCCGUGUUAUAAAUGAUCGCUUUGGCCCUGACUAGGUAAUCGGUAUAUCGUUACAGGAGAUCCCUUCUAACGGCCAUUGUUUUGAUGUCAUAACGAAAUUGUUAACUAGACAAUGUUUAUUUUGAGCAAUGUAAUCAGUACUAAUGUGUAAUCUGUACGUUUGUAAAAACGUUUAUCAAAAGUGCGAUGACGGCAUACGUUGUGCAUAAUGAUAAGAGGUAAAUACAAUUUACACGAUACAA